GUUUGAAGCCAUCAAUACCGCUUACAAUCACCUUUGCGGAACGCUUCUCUCACAUGUGCCUAUCAUUCACCUGCGUAAUCGCGAUCGCAUGUAGCUGGCGAUGAGUUUGAAAAACCCUAAACCCCGAACACUGAAUUCAGGUGUCGGAUUGUUUUGACGUGAUGACAAGUUUCGCACAGAUGUGUCUACGCGGUCAGCUGCUAGGUUUCCCGCAAGGAUGUUUCCUACAUGAUACUAUCUCCCAGCAAUUUCUCUGUGAGGGCUCAACGCGGUCGCGGGUUUUGUUACAGAAUCUCGGGGUAGUGAUGAACUGUUGGGUUCUUCGAAUAGCUACGUGGUGGAUUGUUUGAGGAGAUAAUGGAGUUGCUUGGUGUACUAGAUUGGCAGAGAUCGUCGCAGAUAUUGUUUCCGGUGUACUGCGGGAGGGAGACAUGAUUGAGCUGGUUUGUGGCGGAAUACGUUGCGAAUGUGAGGUGGGUCUUGAGCUUUCUAAGUUGGUACAGUGGAAAGAAGGGAAAAUGGUUUAGGGGAAGGAUGAGGUACAGCUUGGUUGUCGAGACGGGGAUGGCUAUGGUCUCUCUUUCUCUGCUGCGACACUUGUCAAUUGUCAUCCUCUCCCCAUUACAUAGGCGAGGUGGCCAUCACCACGUUGUACAACCCUUCAACUGUGGAGCUUAGAAGUACUGUGGAUUGGUUUGCAGGUAUGGAAGUUAACAUCCUUAUUCACGAUCAGAUCCUAGUUGGUUUUAUUGCGCAUUGAGCGAUUCAGUUAGUCGUUCUGGCGAUGCUCGAAACCUUGAGGGCAUUUAGUAGUCGUAAUAGUAGGUGAUUCAAUUGUAAAGUGCUCAGUGGUGAAGCACUGGAUUAAGAUGCACGGUCGGCAGCCAUCACCGCGGUUUUGGACAAGUGUUUCAUCGCUGUUGCUUACGAGGGUGCUUGGAGUACAAUCAUCUCGAUUUAUAGGUAUCAGGCAGUGGUGCUACAAUGGCAAAGCAUAUUUCAGGAAUUCUACACCUAUGUCACUCACUCCUAAUGAAGGGAGGCGAAGAAUUCAAGAGAGUGGUAGUACUUGGGAUGCAUCUGCCAAGGUUGGGAGGAAUACGUGGAAGGGGAAAUCUAUCAGGGGUGGAGUGCAGUUAUUGGGUAAAAGAGGAGUUCAAGCAAACUUGAACUUUUACGCCCGACGUUUGCAGGAGUGCGUUCAAGCCAAAUCUCUAGCUGAAGGCAAGAAGGUACACGAUCACAUGCGAAGUGCUCAGUUCGAGCCCGAUAUUUAUCUUAAUAACAUGCUCAUAAGUAUGUAUUCAAAGUGUGGGAGUAUUGAGGAUGCGAACAACGUGUUCCAAUCCAUGGAAGACAAGGAUGUGGUUUCUUGGAAUGCGAUGAUAUCUGGAUAUGCUCUGCAUGGACGGGGUCAGGAAGCGGUCGACCUUUUCUAUCAGAUGCAACGGGAGGGGUUGAAGCCGAAUCAGAAUUCGUUUAUAAGCAUCCUCAGUGCAUGUCAGACCCCAAUAGUUCUCGAAUUCGGAGAGCAAAUCCAUUCCCAUAUUACAAAAGCUGGAUAUGAAUCGGACGUUAAUGUGUCAACUGCUCUUAUUAACAUGUACUGUAAAUGUGGAAGCCUUGAACUUGCACGCAAGGUUUUCAACGAAAUGCGAGAAAGGAAUGUAGUUUCUUGGACUGCAAUGAUUUCUGGUUAUGUGCAACAUGGGGACAGUAAGGAGGCAUUUGUGUUGUUUCAAAAACUUAUUCGAAGUGGAACCCAGCCGAAUAAAGUUAGUUUUGCCAGCAUUCUUGGUGCAUGCACCAACCCCAAUGAUCUGGAGCAGGGUUUAAAGCUCCAUGCGUAUAUCAAGCAAGCUGGACUUGAGCAAGAGGUGCUUGUAGGAAAUGCCCUCAUUAGCAUGUAUGCAAGGUGUGGCAGCUUAGCAAAUGCACGUCAAGUAUUUGAUAACUUGCGGAGCCCCAAUCGAGUCUCCUGGAACGCUAUGAUUGCAGGGUACGGUGAAGGUUUCAUGGAGGAGGCUUUCAGACUUUUUAGAGACAUGCAACAGAAAGGUUUCCAGCCCGAUAGGUUCACGUAUGCAAGUCUUUUGGCUAUUUGUGCAGAUCGGGCAGAUCUAAAUCGGGGAAAAGAGCUCCAUUCCCAGAUUGUACGCACUGCUUGGGAAGCAGACGUGACUGUGGCAACUGCCCUGAUUAGCAUGUAUGCGAAGUGUGGGAGUCUGGAGGAAGCACGCAAAGUCUUCAAUCAAAUGCCAGAAAAAAAUGCCGUUUCUUGGAAUGCAUUUAUUGCUUGUUGCUGUCGACAUGGUUCUGAAAAGGAAGCUUUUCAGGUCUUCAAGCAGAUGCGCCGGGAUGAUGUUAUCCCAGACCAUGUAACUUUUAUUACGCUUUUGAACUCAUGUACUAGCCCCGAAGAUUUUGAGCGCGGUAGAUAUAUUCAUGGAAAGAUUGAUCAAUGGGGAAUGCUUUCUAACAACCUUGUCGCAAACGCUCUCAUCAGUAUGUAUGGGAGGUGUGGAAAACUAGCAGAUGCCCGGGAAGUAUUUUACAGAAUCCGAAGGCGGGAUCUAGGGUCAUGGAAUGCGAUGAUUGCGGCUUAUGUCCAGCAUGGUGCAAACGGAUCGGCUUUUGAUUUAUUCAUAAAAUACAAGAGUGAGGGAGGCAAAGGGGAUAAGUACACUUUUAUCAACGUUUUAAGGGCUAUAGCCAACUUGGAGGAUUUAGAUGCAGGCAGAAAGAUUCAUGGUCUUGUGGAGAAGGCUGGAUUAGAGAAAGAUAUUCGGAUUUUAACCACACUCAUUAAGAUGUACUCAAAGUGUGGGAGCUUGCGCGAUGCUUACAGUGUAUUCAAGAAUGUUCAAGAGAAAGAUGUGGUGUGUUGGAAUGCGAUGUUGGCUGCCUACAAUCACAGUGACCAUGGUCAGGAUGCUUUAAAAUUGUUUCAACAAAUGCGAUUGGAAGGUGUGAAUCCCGACAGUGCUACCUAUACUAGUGUGUUAAAUGCUUGUGCGAGAUUGGGAGCUAUUGAGCAUGGAAAAAAGUUUCAUACGCAGUUGAAAGAGGCUGCCAUGGAGACAGAUACCCGUGUGAGUAACGCUCUUAUUGAGAUGUACUCAAGAUGUGGAUGUCUUAGUUCUGCCAAUGAAGUCUUUGAGAAGAUGUCUAGACGAAAUACAAACUCGUGGAAUGCUUUGAUUGCUGGAUACUGUCAGAAUGGUCAAGGAAAUGUUGCUCUAGAAUAUUAUGAACAUAUGCUACGGGCUCGCAUUUCACCAAACAAGGCCACUUUUACAAGCAUCUUGUCUUCAUAUGCUCAACUGGGUGAAGAAGAGCAAGCCUUUGACUUCCUUGAAUCUAUUAAGGAGGAGUGGAACAUGGAGCCAUCAGAGCAGCAUUAUGCUUGCAUGGUUGCUGCUCUUGGUCGUGCCAGUCUUCUGAAAGAGGCUGAGGAGUUCAUUGAGGAAAUUUCAUCUGAAUCAGAUGCUUUAAUGUGGGAGUCUCUUCUGGUAGCAUGUAGAAUCCACCACAAUGUGGGACUUGCGGAAACAGCCGUGGAGCAUCUACUUGAUGUCAAGGCUCAAUCUUCGCCUGCAGUUUGUGAGCAGUUGAUGAAUAUUUAUGCUGCAGCAGGGAGGUGGGAGGACGUCUCUGUAAUAAAGGCCACUAUGAGAGAGGCAGGACUUUUGGCGCCCAAAUCUUGCACGAUUGAGGUUAACAGUGAAUUUCAUACUUUCAUGACAAACCAUUUUAGCCCACAAAUUGGUGUUGAGGAUAAAAUCGAAGAGCUAGUCUGGAAGAUGAUGGACAAGGGGUUUUUGCUGGAUCCUCAUUAUGCACCCAAUGAUUCCCGGGAAAAGGAACGCUUGUUCUCUCACUGCCCAGAACUGUUGGCUGUUGCAUAUGGUCUCGAACACACACCUCCUGGGGUCUUAGUUCGUUGUGUUACGGAUUCUCCGGUGACUGAUCCUAGCCACAGAAUGCUGAAAUUCAUAUCAAAGGCGUACAACCGUGGCAUUUUUGUGAGGGAUCCCAAUUGCUUUCACAACUUCAAAGACGGUAUUUGUUCAUGCGGAGAUUAUUGGUGACCAUCUGUGAAUUGAAAUGUUAAGAGAAGUGGCCGGCAAUUUUGUACAAUUUCGACAUAUGCUGAAACACGAGAUGAAUCUCUUCUCACUUCGUGCAAAUUUCAAAGUAUGGCACAUCCUCAGACUGACUUUUGUUAUCAUACAUUCUAGUUACUCGUAUUUUAUGAGCAAAAGCUCUUUUAGGCCCACCUUUAGCUAUUGGGUGAUUCUACAGCCAAAGAUUUAUUAUAAAGUGGCAUGGUGCAGACAAUCUAAAGAAGGGACAUCGUGCGCUUUUGGAAGCCUUGAUGGUCGUAGUUGCGAUAAACGACUCUGUUCAAUGUCACAGGUUAUGAUUUACAUAAACCAAGAUUUGGGAUUGAAAUAUUGCACAUAAUUAUGGAUGUGCGGCAUCAUAUAGAUUCGUGCAGCAUUGUGACCAAGACCCUACUAAGGAGUUAUCCUCAAUGCUUUUGUCUGUGUCGGAUAGUUGCGCACUUUUAAAUAUGUCGAUGUUCUUUGCAUCAUACAUCGAUAAUUGAUGUUCUUUGCAUCA